GAAGACUUUCCUCUUAAACCCAAAAUCCUCCAUUAAUGGAGACAUUUCAAGAUUCUUUGAGAGAGAAAUCGAAGAAGAGUGGCAUAAGGAAGUUGAAGAAUCCAAAAGUUAAAGCAAAAAGAUGAAGAGUUUACCGGUGUUUUUGAUGGGUUGUGGAGGAGUUGGCCGUCAAUUGCUUCAACAUAUUGUUUCUUGUCGAUCUCUUCAUGCCAAACAGGGGGUGCAUUUGCGAGUUGUGGGUGUGUGUGAUAGCAAAUCUUUGGUGGUUGUUGCUGAUGUUCUCACUGCAGAAUUGGAUGAUUCAUUUCUUCUUGAAGUUUGUCGUGUCAAAUCCAAUGGCUCUUCAUUGCAGACUCUUGCAAAUUCUAGUGUAUGCCAAGUGUUUUCCGGUCCAGAAGUUAUACGAAAAGUAAUUGAUAUUGGACUUCUUGGCAAAUCAACAGGUUUAGCAUUUGUUGAUUGUUCAGCUAGUGCUGAGACUAUUGGAGUGCUAAACCAGGUUGUAGAUUUUGGUUGUUGUGUGGUGCUAGCUAACAAGAAGCCUCUUACUGUGCAAAUGGAGGAUUAUGAUAAGUUGGUGUCACAGCCCCGUCGCCUUAGACACGAGUCAACUGCUCUCAUUCUUGCUCGGCUCCUUGGACGGCGUUUAAACCUAGAUAAUAUGAAGAUUGAAAGCUUGUAUCCUGAAGAAAUGGGACCCGAUGUGAUGCCUCUGGAAGACUUUCUAGUGAAUGGCCUUCCCUUACUUGAUCAGAAAAUUGAAGAUAGGAUUAAACAAGCUUCUGCAAAUGGGAAUGUUCUGCGUUAUGUUUGCUUGAUUGAUGAUGCGAGAUGUGAAGUUGGCAUCCAAGAAGUUCCAAAAGAUUCUGCAUUGGGAAGAUUAAGAGGAAGUGAUAAUGUGGUGGAGAUAUACAGUCGUUGUUACGAGAAACAACCUUUGGUUAUCCAAGGUGCUGGAGCAGGAAAUGAUACCACAGCAGCUGGUGUCCUAGCUGAUAUCCUUGACAUUCAAGAUUUAUUCCCUUAACUGAGUAUUAUACACUGAGAUACAAACAUUCGAUCCUCAAAGGAUGAAAAAUCGACUCUUCCUGUCCCUCUGUUUCCAGAUUGGAGAUUGAAAUCAGGCUAAGAAAGCUCACGCAUUCUUUGAAAAAUCUAUCGAUACACAAGAGUGCCUCGUCAGUUUACAGUAGAUUAUUACACAAUUUCUCUCAUGCAUAACCGUCUCAAAUGGAACAGUUCAAACUGAGUCAUUUGCUUCAGUGCUGGACUAGUAUUUAGGAUUUCACUUCAGCUUAUAAUCAGUUUGCUUUGUAAUGACCAUUUUGGUACCUCAACUUUUAAUGUUAUCACAAUUUUAGAGACUUA